AUGAACAAUGCAGGUCACCAGUACCAGGGAAGCCAGGGAGGCGACAUCUCCCGCUUUUCCGACUCUGAGAGCGAGAUUGACGAGCUCCGAAUCCGAGAUCGACCACCGCCUACGCCGUCAAACAAGUCCCCAUCGGACAUCUUGACCAGCUUCUCCCGUGGCUUCGCUAAGCUGAAGCGGCAGCCCUCUCAAUUGGUUCUGAAGCACAACAGGGAGCAAUCUGCGCCGACUCCGGAGCCAGGCACAUCUUCUGCGCCCAUCAUUACCACGAGCCGAUCGCCUGCGCCGCCAGUUCAUCAGCAUGCCCGCAGUCUAAGCUUUCAGAACAGUCUUUCCAAGCCUCUCCCAGAGCCUCCACCACCGAGCCCAGGCACGCCCGUCGCAUCACAACUGUCUCAACCUCUCUCUCCUCAACCUCACUCACCCCAAGGGCCACAGGCUCCACAGGGCUCUCAGGCUCCGCAGGGCUCGCCAAACCCCCAGGCUCCACAUCAUCAGCAUCAGAGCAGCUUGGCUACAAUCCUGGACACCAACGCCUACAGCGACCCGGACCCAGCCAGCGAAACCGAGGGAGACAGUCGGACGAGCACCAUGGACUCGACCAGUUCAGAGGCACAAAACUACAUGGCUGGAGCGGGCGGUAGACAGAACGGCGGAGAUGAGUCGCAAAAAGACAGCCUGACCCCAAAGAGUGUUGGCCCAAACUCCGCUGGGCCAUCGCCUAAUGUCAACCAGGCGAGAACACCUGCCAUGGGCGCUGGGUCAUCACCAGCCUCGGGUCUGCUAUGCAACGUGCACAGAACAACCGGCCGGGAGCCGCACCCCUUGGUAGGCGCAACCACGACGAUAGUGGGAGACAAGCUCUACGUAUUUGGCGGAAGGAUAUUAUCUAGGAGCCGACCUACGCCUCUUACUUCGGACUUGUACGAGCUCGAUCUUAUUCGCCGGCAUUGGACCAAACUUGAGACGUCGGGGGAUAUCCCUCCUCCGCGAUAUUUUCACUCCAUGUGUGCUCUAGGCGACACGAAGAUGGUCUGCUACGGCGGCAUGUCGCCAGCUCAAACAUCGCCCGGAGCUGUCGACGGCCAAGGCGAUGUCACAGUCAUGUCUGAUAUCUACAUUUACGAUGUUUCGACGAGGAAGUGGACAUUCAUACCGACGUCAGACGCACCGCAGGGUCGAUACGCUCACUGCGCUUGUGUAUUGCCCUCAUCGGCAACUUUUGCAUCGUACAAAGCCCCAUUAUCGGCUCUUCAACACAAUCCCUCGACCGGUGCCAACGAAGGCCGCAUCGGGAUCAACAUUGACGGAACGGGCGGCGCCGAAAUGGUUGUGGUCGGGGGUCAAGACGGGGCGAAUCACUAUAUCGAGCAGAUAAGCGUCUUCAAUCUUCGGUCCUUGAAGUGGACAUCAACACAACCUCUGGGCAAAUCGUGUGGUGCCUAUAGGAGCGUAUGUGCGCCGCUGCCUCCAGCUGUGACGGCAAAAAUAGGCAAGGCGAGCACGAAUGGGGCGCAGCGGUCAGAAAGUGGUAUCAGCCAGGAAGCCCGAGAACCCGGCUCCUCGAUGCUAAUCUACUCCAACUACAAUUUUCUCGAUGUCAAGCUCGAGUUGCAAGUGCGUUCCAGCGACGGGACGCUCAGCGAAAAGCCCAUGUCCAACGCGUACUCGCCACCCGGGCUUAGGUUCCCCAACGGCGGCGUCAUUGACACCUACUUUGUGGUCAGUGGCACGUACCUGACAUCUUCGAAGCAAGAAUACGCACUUUGGGCCCUCGACCUACGGAAUUUGCAAUGGAUGCGAAUCGAUGCAGGCGGUAAUGUGUUCAAAGAAGGUAGUUGGAAUCGCGGGGUGUUGUGGAACCGCCGUAACACGUUCGUUAUUCUUGGUCACCGGAAGCGAAGUUUGGUAGACGAUUACAAUCACCGCCGUAUCAACUUUACGAACGUGUGCAUGGUCGAGCUUGAGGCCUUCGGCUUCUAUGACAACCCGCGCAAGGUCAGCCCGAUGUCGGGUUUCAUCUCGGCUAGUGGGCCAUACAACGGCCCCGGUUUGAGUUUGGCACGAAAAGCGGGAGCCACUGCCGGAGGACGUUUUCACUCGAGAGCGAGCGAGGAGCUGGGUGAGAAGGCGUUGGCCAUGCGCGAGCUGGCAGACAUGGACAUCCUCUGUAUAGGAGGUGAGAGGAUACCGAUCAAUUCGAGGAUAGUAGCGCGACGAUGGGGACCGUACUUCGUACAGCUGCUGAGGGAGGGCACCGCGAUGCAGGACGGGAGUGACUCGGUGACGCUGAGAUCCGUCGGUGCUUCGGGGGGUGGUGUACGGAGCUCCAUGAUGACCAUCACGCCUGCAACACGAACCAUGUCGAGGGACACGGACAUGUCUACAGCUACUACGUUAGCAGGCUCGUCGUCAGGCGGCAGUUUCUCAGGUCCUUCGGGAUUAGGGCCGUCCGGCACCUCCAGUCAGGAAACGGCCAACCCCAACGCUGCGCCGACACCGCGCUCAAUGCCUCCGAACUCACGCCCACGUUGUCUCUACCUUCCGCACACCUACCUUACAGUCCAAGCCCUCCUCCACUAUCUCUACACGAGUAGCCUCCCGGCGCCGAGCUCGCCGCUCUGCACGCCACAGAUACUCUGCUCAUUGUUGCAGAUCUCCCGGCCGUAUCGCAUUGAUGGUCUCCUCGAAGCCAUCGUCGAUCGCCUUCAUACUCUCUUCGAGAACCGUAAUGCAGCAGCCAUUUUCAACGCUACUGCAAUGGCAGCAGGUGGUGGGCGCGGCAUUGACGGUACGCUCAACCCGAACUACUUCAUCGUGAGCGGUCUAGAUUCCGCGGGCAACGACUCUGCCCAGGGCGCCAUGAACGGCACGGCAGGCGAAGAGAUGUAUGCGAAUGGUGGCGCAGGCAACAGAGCCACGGCACUUCGUAUCAACACUUCUGUCCCUGGUCAAAGUGGACGACCACCAUCCGAUGAACUCUCGGCUACGACGAGUGUGAGUGGAAGCGAGUGGAGUGCCAGCGAGAUCAGUGACUCGGAACGACGGGGUAGAUAUCGCGAGGUGUGGAGUGGCGAGUUCAGCAGUGUGAUUGGGCUGCAGAAGCGCGGGCUCAGAGGCCUCAUGGAGGGCCGAAAGUUGAGAGAACGAACUGUUUCACCCUUGCGCACCGCGCCGAAGGCAAACAAAAUAGCCUCCCGCAACAUCAGCCAGAGUCACGUCUGCGGCCUCUUCUACGUUGAUACGGCCUCAGAAUACCCCCAAUCCCGUUCCCGGACCUUCACCAACCCUUCGUCGUCAGCCACUAUCCCCGAGCUGCGAUACACUUUUCCUCUGUGCGAUGGCGUUUCGAUUGUUGGCUUCACAUGUACUAUCAGCCAGGACCGUGUGAUCCGUGGAAUCGUCAAGGACAAGCAACAGGCCCGUCAGACCUACGAGGGCGCUGUCAGUCGUGGGGAGACUGCUGAUCUCCUCGAACAGUUGCCUGAUGGCAGUGACAUUUCUACUACUAUCAUCGGCAAUAUCUCUGGCAAUGCGAGUGUUCAGGUCGAGAUCAUCUACCUCGGUGAGCUCAAGCACGAUGCCGAGAUCGAUGGCAUCCGCUUUACGAUCCCCACAUCUAUCUGUCCUCGUGAUGAAGAUUACCCUGGCAAGCUGUCGAAAAAGCCUAUCACUGUGUCCGAUGGCAAUAGCAUCACGAUUACGGUUGACAUUGAAAUGCCAAAGGCCGAACUCGACAAGGACUUCGUUCUACAGGUUUCGUCCAACGACAUCUCUCGCCCUGUUGCCAUUCUUGAAACACACCCUACUUUUCCCAGUCAACGCGCUCUGUUGGCCACGGUCGUCCCGAAGUUCAGUGUCCCUCGCAGUCCUCCACUCCGCCCGGAAAUCGUCUUUGUCUGCGACAGGGGCGUCAAGUUCAACAUCUGCAGCUUUGGUAGGAGCUACUCCUUCCUCUUCCCAGAGGGUUCGAGGCCGCACGGUCAGCCGAGCUUGGCCGAAGCUGUGCGCCACGUACAGAACUUCGAAGCCGACUUGGGUGGGACCGAGAUGUUACGCCCUGUCGAGGCUGUUUUCAUGAAGAGAUAUGCGGAUAUGAACCUCGAGGUUUUCGUGCUGACCGAUGGGGCCACAAAGGACCAGAAAAGCCUAUUUGAUAUUGUCAACAAGGAGGUUGAGGCAAGCGACGGUGCCAUUCUCCUAUUCACUCUUGCUGUGGGCCAGGAUGUAAGCCAUAGUCUGGUGGAGGGGCUCGCAAGGGCAGGUUCUGGCUUGGCUCAAAUUGUUGGUGAGAAUGAGAAGAUGGAUUGCAAGAUUGCAAGGAUAUUGAAGAGCGCCUUGACACCUCACGUCAGCGACUUCACUGUCGCGUUGAAGUAUACAGAAGGGGAGAUGUCAACUCUCGAGGGCGAUGAUGAUUUCGAUCUCGUCGACCACGUAGUCGCUGCGGAAGUUGCUCGUGUUUCAAUAGACGACGUGACGUCAGGCGAAAGUCAUGAGGAGGAAAGUGGCACGAAGAAUCCUAUCUGCUUAUUCGAUCCCAGCGCCGACCCAGAUGAUGAGAUUGAAUCCGCAGUCACAGAUCGCUUCGCCUACGUCCCGGCAAUUUCACCUCCAAAAGUCCUUCAGACGCCCUUCCAGAUCCCACCUUUGUUCCCUUUCAACCGCACUAGCGUGUAUUUACUCCUUUCGUCCCAGUCGGAGGGUGUCCCGCAGUCCAUCGUCCUCCGUGGAGAUACAUCCAAGCAUGGUCCUCUCGAGUUGGAGAUCCCGGUGUCUACACAUACCCCAGGCGAGACCAUUCACCAGCCGGCUGCUCGCAAGACAGUAUUGGAGCUCGAGGAGGGGCGGGGAUGGAUUUGCGACGAUAGUCUUGGGCUCAAGGAGAAGUACCCAGGUCACUUUCCCGAAAUUGUCCAGCGUGAGGCCGUCCGCUUGGAUAUCCGAUUUCAUGUUAGCGGCAAGUGGUGCUCUUUCGUCGCUGUGGAAGUGAACAGUGAUGACGAUGAUAAGAGCCUCGUGCGAAAGAAGGCCGAGACACAGGAUUCUCGAGAAAUACAAAAGCCGGAGCUCCGGGCUGGCUCUGGUCGCGCCUUUGGCAGUGGCUUUCAGCAAAGAACUCAAAAGUUUUCGGGAAGGGAGCUGCGAGGGGCCCAAAUCACCUGGCGGUCCAAAAAUACUCACAGUUCCAACAUCAAUGCUCAAAUUCAUGACAACGUCCGGAGCGCCAUUGCGUCAAUUGAGAGCUCUACUGUGCUGCAGGCCCUCGUCCGCCUGCAAAACUUCAUUGAGUCUUGGCUCUGGGGGCCUGAGCUGCUCUGCGCAGUUGGUCUCACGAAAAGCCCGCUCAGUGAUGUUGGCCUGGACAAGACCGAGCGGUUCGUUGAUACAAUUCACCGCACCGGCCUUGCCACCAACCUCGACGGGGUGGCUACGGUCUUGGCACUGCGUUCCUUCAAGUCAAGGCCCCCAGCGAGAGAUAAGCCUGGGAGCUGA